CGUCCAUCCGCUGCUACUAUGAUUCCGGUGUCGCUGGUGGUGGUGGUGGUGGGUGGUUGGACUGCCGUCUACCUGGCCGACUUGGUGUUGAAGUCAUCUGUGUAUUUUAAACAUUCUUAUGAAGACUGGCUGGAAAACAAUGGAUUGAGCAUCUCUCCUUUUCAUAUAAGAUGGCAAACUUCAAUUUUUAAUCGUGCCUUUUACAGUUGGGGACGGCGGAAAGCAAGGAUGCUUUACCAAUGGUUCAAUUUUGGAAUGGUGUUUGGCGUGAUUGCCAUGUUCAGCUCUUUUUUUCUCCUUGGAAAAACACUGAUGCAGACUUUGGCACAAAUGAUGGCUGACUCUCCCUCUCCUUAUUCUUCCUCUUCCUCCUCUUCCUCUUCUUCCUCUUCUUCCUCCUCCUCUCUUCACAAUGAACAGGUGUUGCAAGUUGUGGUUCCUGGUAUAAAUUUACCUGUCAAUCAGCUGACUUACUUCUUCGCUGCAGUCCUCAUUAGUGGUGUUGUACAUGAAAUUGGACACGGUAUAGCAGCUAUUAGGGAACAAGUUCGAUUUAAUGGCUUUGGAAUUUUUCUCUUCAUUAUUUAUCCUGGAGCAUUUGUUGAUCUGUUCACCACCCAUUUACAACUUAUAUCACCAGUCCAGCAGCUAAGGAUAUUUUGUGCAGGUAUAUGGCAUAAUUUUGUCCUUGCUCUCCUUGGUAUUUUAGCUCUUGUUCUCCUCCCAGUAAUCCUCUUGCCUUUUUACUACACUGGAGUUGGGGUACUUAUCACUGAAGUCGCAGAGGACUCACCUGCCAUUGGACCCAGAGGCCUUUUUGUGGGAGACCUUGUCACUCAUCUACAGGAUUGCCCUGUUACUAAUGUGCAAGAUUGGAAUGAAUGUUUAGACACCAUUGCAUAUGAGCCCCAAAUUGGGUACUGUAUAAGUGCAUCAACAUUACAACAGUUAAGCUUUCCAGUUAGAGCAUACAAACGACUAGAUGGUUCUACUGAAUGCUGUAACAAUCACAGCCUCACAGAUGUGUGCUUUUCCUACAGAAAUAAUUUUAAUAAACGUUUGCAUACGUGUCUACCUGCCCGGAAAGCAGUUGAAGCUACUCAAGUUUGUAGAAGCAAUAAAGAUUGCAAAAGCAGCUCAAGUUCAAGCUUCUGUAUAAUACCAUCCUUGGAAACUCACACCCGAUUAAUAAAAGUGAAACAUCCACCGCAAAUUGAUAUGCUCUAUGUAGGGCACCCACUGCAUCUUCACUACACAGUGAGCAUUACAAGUUUUAUCCCACGUUUCAACUUUCUAAGCAUAGAUCUGCCAGUGAUUGUGGAGACAUUUGUCAAAUACCUGAUUUCUCUUUCUGGAGCUCUGGCUAUUGUUAAUGCAGUGCCCUGCUUUGCCUUGGAUGGUCAGUGGAUUUUAAAUUCUUUCCUGGAUGCUACCCUUACUUCAGUGAUUGGAGACAACGAUGUCAAAGAUCUGAUAGGAUUUUUCAUCUUGCUUGGUGGCAGUGUACUUUUGGCUGCCAAUGUGACACUGGGACUCUGGAUGGUUACAGCACGGUAAUAUUUGCUCUCCUCCAACAGAAUUAAGAAGUACAGCUACAUGGUAAUAUCUGUUGCCAUUGAAAUUCUUACAAGUAUGAAAUGUAAAGUGUUUCCUUUAAACACCUUGGCCAACCUCUUUGAGCUCCUAAUAUCUAAAGACUCCAAAAACUUGAUAGUUGAGGAGUGGAAGAAAUGAAAAGCAUAAUUCCUGACUACAUCCUACUUUUAAAGAUUGAAUGUGCAAACUCUGAAUGUUAGUUUAAUAAUUUGUAAACAAGUGAAAAUUCAUUCAUGUAAAUUCAUUCACUGUGUGACUAUAUAGCAUUCAUUGUGUGACUAUAUAGCAUUUUGGAAUAGUAAAAGGAAAAGCAGAAUCUUGUAGAAAAGCGCGCGCGCGCUUGUGUGUGUGUGUGUGUGUGUGUGUUCUACUAGUGUUUGAAACCAGGGCCUUUCUUAUGCUACUUAUGCUAAGCUUGCCUGUCCCAGGUAAAAUUUACUGAAAAGUGCCAUUAAGAUGAUGUUGUGGUGUACACCUAUAAUCCUAACACCUGCCUGUAUGUGUUUGGGAGGCUAGGCAUAAGGAUCGAGAAUUUAAGGCCAUCAUCUUUAGCUACAUAGUAGGCUCCAGACCAGCACUGGCCACAUGGCAAGACCCUGUUAUGCGUACAUAUAUGCACAGGCACACACACACACACACACACACAAACACGCACAUGUACACACAAAAUCAUGUUAAUGAUUUGAGGGAGGCUAGACCUUGGUAAAAUGGAAGAUAGAGCAAGUGCUCUUGGUUUUAUAAGUCUUGCCUUUAUCUUGUUUGAAAAGUAUUUUAAAGUUUAAUGAUGUAUUAGUCUAUACUGAUUACAAGUCUAUGAAAUUAUCUGCUAACAUGAACGCAAAAACUCUGUACAAUGAUACCAAGAAAAUGAACCAUGUUAAAAGUAGAUAAGGCCUGUGAUGGGCUAAGACAGCUUGUCACACAAGUCUUACCUUUUUCAUAGUGUAGGUUCACACUCACAACAUCCUAGCCCUGUUAUAUAGAGUAUGCUGCAGGAAGAGUCUCUUACAGCAGCAUGUGAGCUCAGGCAGUUAGAGGCGAACUUGAGAACCAAGCUGAGUCCUCUAACAGGUCACAGCAGAACUCCAGCAAAUCUCCUUACCACUUCCUAGAGCUUUGCAGCUUCGAAGUCUUCCAGGGAAGAUCUUUUCCUUUGUGCUGCAGGAACACUCAGCUCUGAGCCAUACUCUGUCCUCACCAGCACCUAGUAUGUUUCUCUCGGUUGGCGGGCUUAAACACCUACUCUUUGCUUUCCCUCUCCCCCUAAGCUACCUCUGUGAUUACAUAAAAGACUUGGUAGUCUAGUGAGAAUGGCUGCACAAACGAAGAUUUCCCAGAAUCUGGAAACAGCCUGGGAAAUUCAGAAUCAGCUGGCUGAUGAUGUGAAGCUGUUAGUCUUAAGAAUAUAUAUGCACAUACUUUCUCUGUCAUGAAAAAUCCAUAUUUCAUGAAACACACAUAUUAAAGGUAACAAAACGCAAGGAUUCAUUCAUUAAUAGCCAGAUAUAUACCUCCCUCCUGAAGUAAGAUACUUCAUAAAGUUACCUUUUUUAGAACAUUAGUUCUAAAACUUUUAAAUGAAUUUUUAGAAAUUUUUUAGACUUUAUUACAAAUUUGCCUUCAUUCUUUAUUAGGAAUCAUACACUGAAUAUCAUUUUGAGAUUUUAUUAAUGAAGGGCCAUUAGUUACAAAUAGUACUAAAGUUAUACAAAUUACUAACUUUUAUUGCAGAAAAUAUGGCAUUGUUGUCUUCUAAGAUCACUCAGGACCAAACUGUAUCUGCAUAUUAAAAAUGCACAGACCUUAAUGCCGUGAAAUACUCAUAUCAUUAACUUCACUGCAUGCAUUAAGCAGUUUACUAAUGAAAAUUAUGUGUGUAAAUCAUUGUUUCCAGUACUGAGGAAAACAAUUUUUGGUGUGGUACUUAUAGAGCCUAGAACCUCACACAUGCUAGCAAGUGUAUUCUACCACUAAACUUUUAUCCAUAGACCAUGAAAAUAUUUUAAUAAGAGGAAAUUCUAUUCAUUAACUUCAUUUCUGAGUGAAGGCAACAAUACAAAACCUCAUUUCAUAUUAGCUGCUGAACACUCACUCUGCCAGCUAAUCUUUAGGGUCCGGGUUUGGGAUCUCCUCUCCUGGAAGUCCAGCAGAUUUAUAUGCACAUGGCCUCAUUACAAAAGAAAGGAGAUGUUACAUAUUGUCUCUUCAGCUUCACUGUGGGCCCCUUGCUUCCCUGCAUAGUGCAUGAGAUAGCAGAAGUGCUUAAUGUGCUUGAGUGGAUGAUGAUUAGUGUUCUUUAUGGAUAGAAAAGCAUGCUUCUAUUUAAGCUAUAAAAAGGAUUGUGGAACAUUUACUGUAAAUAUAUGUUGACAUAGUAAAGCUUGGAAUGUCUUAUGUCCCUGGUAUAUUAUCAUCUUUAUGGAAAAAAAUCAUUUUGGUUUCUGUAGAGCAAUUAGAAAGACGAAUUAUAUUGGAAAAAUGAAUUAUGUUGGUGAUUUGAAGAAGUAUCUGUGUGUUGUCUCUUUGUUCAACAGUGAAACUUUAUUCUCUAUGUUCCUGUUCUGCAUUGUUUACAUUCUUAAGGUUUUUAUUUUAAUCAUCCAUAAGUGUAAAAAAUGUACAUAUUAUUUUUAGCAUCUCAGUUGGAAGAGACAUACAGUUAAACUUGACUUUGAUAAAUACUUCUAGGUCAUUGUCUGUGCUAACAGCAAAUUGUAAACAUGCUUCAGUGAUGUGGCUUUCUGUCAUCAUUGUGUCCUUGGUAUUUAUUAAGCGUCCACAUACUGGUGGCACACAGGUUUUAUUUUCAAUAACUACUUUGAUUAAGCUGUAAUUCAUUUUAAGGCUUGUAUUUGAUUUCACAGUUGUCAGAAUGGGAUGUUUAGCAAUAAAAGAACAAAUGUAAACCAGCA